AGCUCUCUUAUGACUAUGACUAUGUGUUUGCAGUUUCGCUUUACUCAUGUCUCGUAUCAUUUUUAAGUUUCGUUUCUCAGCACGCCCCUGCGGACUGUCCCGUGAAGGAAAAGGAAACUCAGUCUCCAGGAUUUUAUCUGCCAUGCAAAUAUAAGCGGAGUUACUUAGCGAUGUAACUGUGAACAUAUUCAGAAGACUAACCCAGACGCUUUAUUUUUUAUGAACAUCUUUGAUCAUACUAGUUUGGGAUCAUGGUUAAGAUUAGGGCAUCUGUCCGCAUCCAAAUUGGACUCGACUUCUUUGAGUUUCUGAAGGAGGACGAUCGAGCGUCCAUCACUAAUAGAUUAGAGCUCAGAGACAUUUACAACACCGAGUUCAGAAACAGGAAUGAAGAAGGAAGAGAUCCAAACUUCGGCUCAGUCCUCCAUGCCCUGAAGACGUCCAAAAGAAUAACAAGACGAGGAGACGAAAUUCGCUUCAACCCCAGGGUCACAGCUCUUUAUCUGGACCAGUGGAAAUCACCGAGGGACCGUAGGCCAGAACCAGUCCAGAAUGGAGCUGCCAGUCCCGGGACAGUUCAGACCUUAACCUCUGGAGAUCGGGCAGAGACUGGAGUUAGAGCCCGAAGGCAACUUGCCAGCCUUCUAAUGACCAAAUUAAAGACAGACAGGGCUCCGUUCAUCUCUGACAAACACGGUAUCUGCAUCAACUCCGAACAUCCGAUUGAGAACGGAACACUUUACUUGCGUGUGGAUGGCACAUAUGAGUCUGUGAUAAGUCUGAACGUGGAAAACACAGGAACAGAACCUGUGUAUUUCACCUACUACACCCCACUGCACUGGCUCAGGAACUUCAUCCUGAGGGACGAGCAGAACGUGACCAAGACAAACCCUCUGUGUCUACAACCAGGCGCCAGGUAUGAAAUCCAGGUUCACUUCCAGUGCAGUUUGGUUGGUUUCUAUCCAGCUACUCUGGCCUUCGAAUUUAAACCAGACCUGCAGGCUGCUGCCUUCCACAUUGUGCGCUUCAUUGAGGCUCAGUGUAUAACUGAGCUAGGACUGGAGCUGGCACCUGUGGCGCCCUACAAACCUCGCUCCCUCCCUGCCUGGACUCCUGAAGAAAACUUCACGAUUGAGGAUGGCCAGCGACCUGAAGGGCAGACAAUGAUGGAGUUUCAAAUUGUGAAUAAGCUAAACUGGUAUCCAAUUCCACAAUACAUGAACCAGCUCAUCGAGUCAUUGAAGCGGUCUACGUACUUCUGCGAUCGGAGGACCAUGCUGGAAAACUCCCUGAGCUGGAAGAACUACUCAGAGAAGUUUCAGCUGCUGUUGUAUCUGGAGGAGCUUCAGAUGGAGGUGGACAUCAAGAGAUACAACAUCCCCAACAGUGAAAAUAAAGAACACGCUGUCAUGACCAGAGAUCAACAAAACAAGAAACUUCUCGUUUUGGAGGUGCCUGGUGUGUCUGAGAACCGCCCGUCUGUGCUACGAGGGGAUUCACUGCUGGCGUAUCCCGCAGGAGAGAAAGGUGUGAAGUACCGCGGCUACGUCCACAGUGUGCAGCUGGACAGUGUCAAACUCGGGUUCAGCUCAAAAUUGCCUUUUAUAAAUAACAUGAAGUUCAACAUUGAGUUCACUGUCAACCGCCUGACUCUGCGUCUUCAGCACAGAGCAGUAGAGCUGGCAUGCCGGUUCAGUCUGAGAGAGGUGUUGUUCCCUGCUGCACCUGCCGACUCCUCUCUGCAAGCCAAGCUCCCUCCACUCAGGUUGUUUGAUGUAAAACUGUCAGAGCAGGAUAACCCAGAACAGUAUCAGGCUGUUCAACACAUUGUUGCUGGCUCAUCCAAACCUGCCCCUUACCUGGUGUUUGGCCCACCUGGAACAGGCAAAACUGUGACUCUGGUGGAGGCCAUCAAGCAGAUAGACAAGAACCAAACCUCCUGCCACAUCCUGGCCUGUGCUCCUUCAAACAGCGCUACUGAUCUGCUCUGCCUGAAGAUUCUGGAUCAUGUGGACAAGCGUAAAGUAUUCCGCAUGUACGCCAGCAGCCGGGACCCUAAAUCUGUCCCUGAAAAGCUGAAGGAAUCUUCCAACCUGGUAGGGGACUGUUUCAGUUUUCCUGCUAAAGAGAAGCUGAUGGAGUAUAGGAUCAUGGUCACCACCCUGUUUACCGCUGGAAGGCUGGUCACAGGAGGUAUUCCCAAUGGUCAUUUCACUCACGUGUUUGUGGACGAGGCAGGACACGCUGUGGAGCCUGAAUGUUUGGUCCCACUGGCAGGGCUGCUCGAUGCAGAGUCCGGUCAGGUUACUCUGGCUGGAGACCCCAAGCAGCUCGGACCCAUUCUCAGAUCCCCUUUUGCAAUAAAAUAUGGCAUGGGAGUGUCCCUCUUGGAGCGUCUGAUGAAUGACCCUCUGUACGGGAAAGAUGAGGGCGUGUACAACAAUCGCUUUGUCACCAAACUGCUGCGCAACUACAGGUCCCAUCCUGCCAUUCUUAAGGUUCCCAAUGAGCGCUUCUAUGAUGGAGAGCUGAAGUGUUGCGCAGAUGAAGCACGUAACAUGUACUGCAAUUGGGACGACCUCAAGAAGCAGGGCUUCCCGGUGAUUUUCAAAGACGUGAAUGGCAUUGACCAGCGUGAGUCCACCAGUCCUUCAUUCUUCAAUGUAACAGAGGUGGAGGUGCUGAUGCAGUACGUGAGGAAACUGCUGCAAGGACAGGGCAAGAAGGGCCAGCCUAAGAUUUCACCUGCAGAGAUAGGCAUCAUCGCCCCCUACAGGAAACAGGUGCAGAAAAUCCGCAAAGCCCUGGAAAAGGUUGGGAGGGAAACUCCAUUUAAAUUUAUGGACAUGAAUACCCUAAAGGUUGGGUCAGUGGAGGAGUUCCAAGGUCAGGAGAGGAGAGUGAUCAUGGUGUCCACAGUUCGGAGCAGCCCCGACUACAUGGAGAUCGACAAAAAGUUCAACCUCGGCUUUGUCAAGAAUGAGAAGAGAUUCAAUGUGGCUGUGACUCGAGCCAAAGCCCUGCUGAUUGUGGUGGGAAACCCCAGAGUGCUUUACACCGAUCCUGCCUGGGCCCAGUUCAUCAAGUACUGUCGAGAGCAAGGAGGCUACGAUGGUGAGGAGCAUCUAGAGGAAUAUGACGACGUGGUGGAGAGACUUGCCAACAUCAGCAUCAGCAUGGAGCUGAGAGUGGAGACUGCAGAGAGCACUGUUCAGCAGCUCCUGGAACCUGAGUGGAGGAACGAUCUGUGAGGGAAAGAAGGGCACAAACUUCCAUCCUGACUACAAAGUUUCUACCUUUUUUUUCUAAAUAUCUUGUCGUUAUUGUUUUUUUUAAAUGGCCGCAAUAUGAACUAGACCAAAGACUCUGAAGGAUAGGGAGCUGAUUCAUGUUUGCAGCACAGAGUUUGUCUUUGGCUUCCUCAGUAGAUUGCACUUUACUGAUACUGGACUUGCUGCGAAUGUUCCUCCUACCUGGUUAAAGUGUUCUUUAUAAAUUAAUUGAAGCAACCAAACAUUUUAUUCUCAGGGUUUGUUUUUAAUCAACUUUUCUCAAUCAUCACUGCUCUUUUUGAAUCAUGAAGUUUUAGGAUUUAUAGAUUAAUUUAACCAUCUGUUCAGCAGGGGUCCGUCUGUAUGUAUAUCUGUAUAUCCCUGCGUCCAACCUAUUUUUUUAAAUCACUAUCAUGCAUAACAGUUUUUUUAAUUCAUUAACCAAAUUAAAAAUGUCUAUUUGGAACUGUUUUGUAUUUUCUGAAGAAUAAAAGUGAUUUU